UCGCCUCAGGCCCCCGGGGGCUCCGCUGCCCGAGGACCCGCGGCGACAACACCCGACGCCGGCGGCCGCGCUCCGGCCACCCCCGCCCCGCGGCCCCACCCUCGCCUCCCCUCGGCACGGCGGGCCCCGGGGCGCCGGGCUCCCUGGGCGGGGGUGACGUUGCCCUCUGUCCCCCGGGCCCUCGCAGCCCCCGCCGCCCCUGCCCACCAGCGCCUGGCGGCAGCCCUGACCCAUGCGCAGUAGUGCCCACCCCCAGGUUUCCCUCGAUGCCAGAGCACAGCUUCCUCUUCCUGCCGGAACGUCGUCUGGGGGCCCCUUGGCCAUGGCCUUGCUCUCCGAGCCCACCCCAUUCAGAGAGUUCUGUCCUCUGUACUAUCUCCUCAAUGCCAUUCCCACGAAGAUCCAGAAGGGCUUCCGCUCUGUGGUGGUCUACCUCACGGCCCUCGAUGCCAACGGGGACUACAUCGCCGUGGGCAGCAGCGUCGGCAUGCUCUACCUCUACUGCCGGCAGCUCGGCCGCAUGCGCAAGCACAACUUCGAGGGGAAGAUGGAGUCCAUCACGGUUGUGAAGCUGCUCAGCUGCUUCGAUGACCUCGUGGCUGCCGGCACGGCCUCUGGGAGGGUGGCGGUUUUCCAGCUUGUGUCCUCGUUGCCAGGGAGGAAUAAGCAGCUUCGGAGAUUUGAUGUCACUGGUGUUCACAAAAAUAGCAUUACGGCUCUGGCUUGGAGCCCCAAUGGAAUGAAAUUAUUCUCUGGAGAUGACAAAGGGAAAAUUGUAUAUUCUUCUUUGGAUCUAGACCAGGGUGUCUGCAACUCCCACUUGGUGUUGGAAGAGCCGUCUUCGAUCGUGCAGCUCGACUAUAGCCAGAAAGUACUGCUCAUCUCUACUUUACAAAGAAGUCUGCUUUUUUACACAGAAGAAAAGUCUGUCAAGCAAAUUGGAGCGCAGCCAAGGAAAACAGCUGGGAAAUUCGGAGCUUGUUUUAUACCAGGGCUUUGUAAGCAAAGUGCUCUAACCUUGUACGCGUCCAGGCCUGGGCUCCGGCUGUGGAAGGCGGACAUCCACGGGUCUGUUCAGGCCACAUUCAUCUUAAAGGAUGUCUUUGCUGGAGGCGUCAGGCCCUUCGAGCUGUACCCACGUCUGGAGUCCCCUGACAGGGGGCGUUGCAGCUUCCCCGAGAGGCACCUGGGGCUCGUUUCCUGCUUCUUCCAAGAAGGCUGGGUGUUGAGUUGGAAUGAGUAUAGCAUCUACCUGCUGGACACCGUCAACCAGGCCACAAUUGCUGGUUUGGAAGGAUCAGGUGAUAUCGUGUCUGUUUCCUGCACAGAAAAUGAAAUAUUUUUCUUAAAGGGAGAUAGGAACAUUAUAAGACUUUCAAGCAGGCCUGAAGGGCUAGCAUCAAUAGUGAGAGAAGGUCUGGAAAUGUCAGGAUGCGCCGAGGGAGUCCACGUGCAGCGUGGGGAGGAGCCUCCAGGGGCCGUGAUCACAGGGACGAGGCUCAGAGGCGCUUCUGUGGCGAGUGAGCCGAGGAGCAGGAGCAGCUCGCUGAACUCCACCGACAGCGGCUCGGGGUCCCUGCCACCCACGCUCCAAGCAGGGCCCAAAUGUGGGAAGGGCAGCCAGCCCUCCUCGCAGAGAUUCAGUGUCAUCAGCUCGGAAGACUUCGACCAAGAGCUCGUCGUGAAACCAAUCAGAGUGAAGAAGAAGAAGAAGAAGAAACCAGUAGAGAGCGGCAGCAGGAGUGCCUGUCACAGCUCCCUUGAGUCAACUCCCUGUUGGGAGUCCCCUGGGGGCCGCCCCCAGUCCUGGAGUGCAGACCUGCUGUGCUUGACCUCCAGCCCACCGGGCAGUGCUGUGGAUCAGCUGAGCACAGGCUCCCCUGGCCCGGAGAGCAGCCUUGGCAGCGAGUGGAGCAAUGUCCUGCGGGAGAACGACUCCGAGACAUUCAGUGUCCUGGAGGCCGCUGAAUCCACACCUGACUUGCUGGAUGCCGACAGUGACAGUAGAACUGAAAUGCCGCACGGUAGCCAGGCCAGGGAAGUGGACGCGUGCGAUGGGGGCCUUAACUUACCCUCGCUCCCAAGGGAACAGGGAGAAGGGAGUAGAGUCACAGAACUCGAAGAGGAGCCUGGACCUGCAGACGAUGGACCCAGGAGCCGACUGUUACCCUCCCCAGAACAGGACAGCGCCACUGAGUCCCAUGGGGCUGAGGACGUGCAGCCUGAUGACCCCCAAAGCACUUUUUCUGCGCUCCCCUUUCUGGAUGCAGCCCCCCUUCUGGACUCACUCACCGUGCCUUCCAGCCUCAGCGUGGCCUCGGGGGCCGAGCAGGCAGUGCCUGAGACCACAGCUGAUGAAGGCAGCACCCAGGCGCCCGGGGAGGAGCAGGACUUGCUGUUGGACCUGGAGGCUCCCGGCCGCCUAGGCUCAGGUCCCUGGCCUGGUGUCACUGAAGAUGGCUUGAGCCAGGAAGAAAUGGCUGUUUCUGAAUGUGACGUGGAGCAUGCCGGAAGAAAGUGGAAUCCUCUGGCUUCUGCUUCGGCGGCCAACGCCCAUGAGCCUCAGCCCGAGCAGUCUUCACGGGAACAGGCGUUAACGUCCAGCGACGAGGAGGACAUCUAUGCCCACGGGCUCCCCUAUUCAUCCUCAGACACGAGUGUGACAGAGCUCGGUGGCAGCCGCUCCCUCCAGGACCUGAGCCAACCAGGCACGGGUGGGACGGGGCUGCUGAAGUCAGACCAGUUUGCAGAAAGCUGGAUGGGCUACUCGGGCCCUGGCUGCGGCAUCCUCAGCCUGGCGGUCUCCGAGAAGUACGUGUGGUGCCUGGACUACAAGGGAGGCUUGUUCUGCAGUGCGCUGCCGGGCGCCGGGCUGCGCUGGCAGAAGUUCGAGGACACCGUCCAGCAGGUGGCCGUGUCGCCCUCAGGAGCCCUUCUCUGGAAGAUUGAACAGAAAUCUAACAGGGCUUUUGCUUGUGGAAAAGUGACCAUCAAGGGGAAGCGGCACUGGUAUGAAGCCCUGCCCCAGACGGUGUUUGUGGCUCUGAGUGAUGACACGGCCUGGAUCAUCAGAACAAACGGGGACCUGUACCUGCAGACAGCAGGUCUCAGUGUGGAUCGCCCUUGUGCCAGAGCUGUAAAGGUUGACUGUCCAUACCCUCUGUCCCAGAUCACGGCCCGGAACAGCGUGGUGUGGGCACUCACAGAGCAGAGGGCCCUCCUGUUCCGGGAGGGCGUGAGCAGCUUCUGUCCUGAAGGGGAGCAGUGGAAGUGUGACAUCAUCAGUGAAAGGCAAGCUUUAGAACCUGUCUGUAUAACCCUUGGGGAUCAGCAGACUCUCUGGGCCCUGGACAUCCACGGAAACUUGUGGUUCAGAACUGGCAUUGUUCCCAAGAAACCCCAAGGCGAUGAUGACCACUGGUGGCAAGUGGGCAUCACGGACUAUGUGGUGUUCGACCAGUGUAGCCUGUUCCAGACCCUGCUCCACGCCACGCACUCGGUGGCCACAGCGGCACAGGUGCCUGUCGAGAAGGUGGCGGAUAAGCUGCGCACGGCGUUCUGGUCCCAGCAGCUCCAGUGCCAGCCCAGCCUCCUCGGGGUCAACCACAGCGGCGUCUGGAUCUCCUCGGGCAAGAACGAGUUCCACGUGGCAAAGGGAAGCCUCAUAGGCACUUACUGGAAUAAUGUUGUUCCCCGUGGGACAGCUUCUGCAACAAAAUGGGCCUUUGUGUUGGCUUCAACAGCUCCCACAAAGGAAGGAAGCUCUCUGUGGCUGUGCCAGAGCAGCCAGGAGCUGUGCCGCGUCAGUGCCCAGGAUGCCCAGUCCCGCCCGUCCACUGUGCAGCUGCCUCCCGACACCGAGAUGAGGGCCUACUCCGCCUGCCCUGAUGCCCUGUGGGCCUUGGACAGCCUCGGCCAGGUGUUCAUCAGGACGCUCUCCAAGAGCUGCCCCACAGGAAUGCACUGGACAAGGCUGGACCUCUCCCAGCUAGGAGGGAUAAAGCUGACGAGCGUGGCCUGCGGGAAUCAACACGUGUGGGCCUGCGAUUCCAGGGGCGGCGUUUACUUCCGCGUGGGAACCCAGCCUCUGAACCCCAGUCUGAUGCUCCCCGCCUGGAUAACAAUUGAGCCACCUGUCCAGCCUGCUGGGGUCACCGUGGUCAGCGUCCAUUCCAGCCCCAACGACCAGAUGCUGUGGGCCGUUGACAGCAGAUGGAACGUCCACGUGCGAGCUGGCAUCACCGAGGAGAUGCCUGUGGGGACCGCCUGGGAGCACGUGCCAGGGCUGCAGGCCUGUCAGCUGGCACUGAGUGCCAGGACCGUGUGGGCACGCUGCCCGAACGGCGACCUCGCCCGGCGGUAUGGCAUCACAGACAAGAACCCCGCUGGAGACUACUGGAAGAAAAUUCCCGGCAACAUGGCAUGUUUCACAGUGACCUCGGCCGAUGAGCUGUGGGCCAUCGCGGCUCCUGGCUGCCUCCUCCAGCGGCUGACGAAGACUUUCAGCCCCUCGCACGGUUCCCAGAGGAGCAGCCUCUCCAGCACCACGCCCCGUCCUGAGGACUUCGAGGAUGAGUGGGAGGUCAUCUGAAAGAGGGUGGAUGGGAUCGUUGCUCAGGAAGGAGGCCAGGCCCCACAGAGCACACAGGUGGCAGCCGAGCUGCUCACCUCAGACCCACCUCGCCCACCCUUGUCUGGGCACACCUGGCCAGGUGGGACAUCCACACCUGCUUCCUUCUGCGUGUGUUUCUGUCUCGUUCUAGAACCUGCAGCCUCAGCCAGGUGCUGUGGGGCUGCUGUGGCUGCACGUGUGGAUUCCCCCAAGGUCGUCUCCGAGCAGUGACUUCGUCCGGUGUGUGCCCAGCAGCAUGUCCUCCUGCCUGGAAAUACAGGGGCCCUUGUGGGAGAUGGCGUGGGGCAGCUUCCCGUGGGCAGGCUGAGGUCUGGACAGGGGAUGCCCUGAGACCUGUCCAGGGCCAUCUGCCUGUUAGCAGGCCCAGAAUGCAGUGCAGACGCAGGGCGGUGCUUUCCCACCCCUAGGGUGACUGGCACAGGGGCUCCAUCGUCUCCUCUCUGAGGCCCGGGACCGAGUACACAUUCCACACUAGACACUCCGGCUGGGCGAGAAGGGGCCGUGUCUGAGAAGUGGAGUGCCAGGCGGGGCCUGAAGAGACGCCACACACUGCACACCACCAUCCCCUGCUGCACCCGGGCAGGCUCGCUGCCCUACACAGACGCACUUCAGAGUCCCAACAAUAAAGCCAGUGGAUGCAAACGGA